UUCUUUCUUGCCGUUGACCGACCACUUCUUUUGAAUAAUUUAUAAAGACCCAUUUUUUAAAAACCCAAAUCAGUUUUAGUAAUUACAAAAUGAGUGGUGGUAGUGAACUUCACUCUCUAUCUCUCUUCAAUUCCUCGCCCUUGGGUAUUGCAGUAAUGGAUGCCGCCGCCGCCGCCGCCGCCCUGGACUCAUCUUUCAUGCCGGCGAUUUCCACCGGAUAUUUGGAAGAUGCGUUGGUUGACUACAAUUCCAAACGACGGCGUUUGGGUCAUCAUCUUCUUGAAUUCGAAUUCCCACAGAGGUACUGGAGUUCAUUUUGCACAUGGGGUGGAGAUGCCCUUGAGAGUUUCGAUUGGAACAACAACAAAAUUGAUGAUAUGAAUAAUUUUACAGAGGAAGGAAUAAGCACUUCGCCCAAAAGCAGAGUCUUCAAAACGCCGCCGGACAUGGAACCGUUUUCCACUCCAAAUUCCUCAGCAGGGAGUGGAAGUGAAAGGAAGAAGAGGAAGGUGGUGUAUCCAUUUGCAUUAGUGAAGCCAGGAGGAGUAGAAGGGGAUAUAACCUUAAACGACAUAAACAAGAAGAUGUUAAUGCCUCCGACACGGGCGGUCCGACACCCGGUGGGGGAUUUUGCGUGUCGGCCGUACGUAACGGCGGAGGGACGGGGUCUGUCCGGCAAAGCUGUGGUGACAUUGACGAAAAUCCAUACUCAAGGAAGGAGAGGGAGCAUCACCAUAAUCAGAACAAAGGGUUGAGAAUGGAUUGAACAUCAUUACUUUUGGUUGAAUUGUACAGAGAGAAAGAAGAGAGAGGUUAGUUAAUGAACAGACUUUUUGGUCAUUC